CCUUGCUAAGGGUAUUGCAUCAAGGGUCACUUCACGUAACUCACUUGGAUCCGUAGUCUAAACACACUGGUGGACUGACCGGCUGCAGAUAAGCUGUUAUUGCUGAUAAUAGUAUUGUAAAAUUCCUCUAAACAGCUGUCAACAUGAGUACAGUAAAAAUUGGCAUCAUUGGUGGAUCAGGCCUGAACAAUCCAUCCCUGUUUGAGGAGACCAGCGAAUGCACUGUUCAGACCCCCUAUGGAGAUCCAUCUGAUGUGCUGCGUGAAGGUCUCAUAAAUGGGGUACCAUGUGUGCUGCUGGCAAGGCAUGGAAGGAAACAUACCAUCAUGCCAACCAACGUGAACUACCGAGCCAAUCUAUGGGCACUAAAGGAAAAGGGUUGCACGCAUGUUGUUGUGUCGACAGCAUGUGGUUCACUGCAAGAACACAUCAAGCCCGGGGACUUUGUAAUCAUCGACCAAUUCAUUGACAGAACCACAAAGCGUCAUCAGACUUUCUAUGACGGUGCCGAUAACCACCCUCCAGGAAUUCUUCACCUUCCCAUGGACACUCCCUUUUGUGGAGAUACUCGCAAACUACUCCUUGAUUCAUGCCAGGAGUUAGGAUACACUGCACAUCCUACAG